GCGGUCCCCUCAGUCGGUCGGCUGCCGUGAUCGCGUGCGGACGUGUCAGCCAAUACGAAAACGCCUCGCUCGUAGGAAAACGAAGACGACGAACUGAAAAUUUGUCUAAAUAAACUGUGCCCCGUUUCGUGCUAAGCAUUUUCACAGAGAUAUAUCCGGCUUCAGAAACCGUGACCGAUACGGUUUCGCGGACGUUACAUUGUUUAUACCUCGGCUAUAUAGUGCAAAAUGUGAUGUUUGUAAUAUGUGUGCUCGACGACUGUUCCAUUCCGUGUAACAUUAAAGUGACGUAGUGUGCUUAUAAAUUGGAAACUAAAACUAUUUCAACGCAUACGGAUUACAUUUCAAUCAGAAGCAGCGGGGAUGACAGUUCGACGUUACGGACAGUUUUCCUGAUUACAAACCUAGACUGGUUUCGAUAUGCAAACGGAAUCAAACCGCAGGACAUGUGAGACAAACGACGCAGUGAAUGUAACUAACAGCCUAGAAGCGUACACCAUGCGAGCGAAAACAUCUCAGAAAACGAACAGUGAUAUAAUGAGAAGAACAGCGAUGGCGCCAUUGCGAUAUGCCCACGUGAUUUUUGCCUUCCUUGCCGCUAAUUAUAUCAUGGUGCUGUUGAUGCUGCUACAACUACUCGCGUGGUGCAGUGGUGCGGCCGCCCUAGCGAACUGCCCAAUAGGCUGCAACUGCAACGACGACACGCUCGUGGUGGUGUGCGAGGAGAGCCGACUCGACGUACUACCCAUAGCACUCAACCCAUCCAUCCAACGUUUAAUUAUCCGCAACAACAAAAUCAAAACUAUCGACAGCUCAAUGCAGUUCUACACGGAACUCCAACACUUAGAUCUCUCUCAGAAUCACCUCGUGAAUAUACCAGUAAAAAGUUUUUCAUAUCAACGGAAAUUGCAAGAAUUGCAUUUAAACCACAACAAAAUAUCGUCCGUGACGAACGCAACAUUCCAAGGCUUGAACUCUUUGACGGUGCUGAAUUUGAAACGCAACUUCUUACAAGAACUAACGAACGGCGUUUUCGCAACGUUGCCUAGACUAGAGGAGCUAAACUUGGGACAGAACAGCAUCUCCAAAAUCGAUUCACGAGCCUUUGCGGGUCUUACGGCGCUUAGAAUACUUUACUUGGAUGAUAACGCGCUAAGUUCCGUCCCGACAGCAUCAUUCAGCCUCUUAGGCAGUCUAGCCGAGCUCCACGUUGGUCUCAAUGCGUUCUCGUUCUUGCCCGAUGAUGCAUUUGCUGGUUUGAACCGAUUAACCGUACUAGACUUAAAUGGAGCUGGGCUCUUUAACAUUAGUGACAAUGCGUUCAGAGGUCUUCCUGGACUUAGAAGUUUAAAUCUCGUUGGCAACAGAUUAAGUGUUGUACCGACACAACAAUUAGGCGGUCUUACUAGAUUGGAAGAACUAUAUAUCGGUCAAAACGAUUUUUUGACACUCGAAAGUCACUCUUUUAAGGGUCUAAAGAAUUUGAAGUUAAUCGAUAUAACAGGCGCAACCCAACUAGAAAGAGUAGAACGUGGAGCAUUUGAAGACAACGUCAAUUUGGAAUCCGUGAUUGUUGUAAAUAAUAAAAAGCUAUCUGUGGUUGAAGAAUCUGCACUCAUUGGACUUUCUAAGCUCAAGCACGUUUCUUUGAGAGAUAACGCAAUAACAACACUAAGCGAAUCUGUAUUCGUUGGAAAAGAACUCAAACAGCUUGACAUAACGGACAAUCCUAUAUUCUGUGACUGUCAAUUGUUGUGGCUACAAAGCCUUAUGAAUGACAAAAGCAACUUUACCCAAAUCCAAUGCGCUAGUCCUGAACAUUUAAAACACAAGUAUUUGAGAACAUUAAGCGCCGAUGAUCUGGGAUGUGUACUCCACGAUUCACGACAGCAGACUAUCAUUUGUAUCGUGGUAGUAGCUUGCGUCGCCAUAUUAGCAACACUUGUACUGAUACUCUAUAGAUAUCGAAAAAGUAUGCAAGAAAAGCUAAAAGAUUAUAAAUGGAAUAAGGGACGUAAAAACUUAGACUACCACAAACCAAUAUCAACCGAAGAAGACUGCAUCCUAGAGCUUUACGCCUCUCCGAGCGUGUUCUUCAUGUCGGGCGGCCAGGGCUCCGCGCGCCGGCCGCACCGCUCGGGAGGCGGCGGUACGCUGCCCGCCAACGGCUUCACGUACAUCGGUGGCGAGGGCCGGCCGCAUCAACCACUCACCCUGAACAAUGGCGCACCAGCCCAUCAUCUCAACAAUGGCUCCUUGCGCUCCUUGCCCGAUAAAAAGAACAACCGGAACGGCGUCGUUUGUCAUCCAGAAAACUUCCAACGAAACCUGGACACUCGCUACUGCAGAAAACAAGAGAACGGGUACAUACGCAAUUCCGAAACGAUAAUCGGAUUCCCGCGGAACGACCGGGAAUACGAACGCGACCACGUGGAGUACAGUGAGCCAGAGUACUCUAUCAUCCCGGAGGCGUACGGCCGCGAGGAGUACCCGCGCUCCUGCUCGCACUCCAAUACCUUCAACUGUUGAAGGCGCGCCUUGUUCUAUAACAAUCAUUUGUGAUCUUGCAAUCCUAGCAAUAAUUCUUCAUUCCAUUAUGUUUUCGUAUUCGGAGUGGCAACAGUGUCGAGACGUAGUGCUCUAGAGCGGUUAGUGACAUUAGUGUAACGGGUGUGGUGUAUGUACUAUGACCAGUGAGGACUAUCCUAUAUCGUAUUCAGUUUAAAGAAUUCUUAUUUGUAUUUUGUAAGUUUAAGUAGUGAUGCAUCUAUUUUUCAACAAGGACGAUGAAGAGAAGCUUGAAAGUGAAACUUUCAUUCGAUUUAUAUGGUACAAUGUACAGACUAGUCGGUGGGGGGGUGAGGGGAGAGGGGCUCCCAUAAUCAUGUACAUCAUGAAAUGUUGUGAUUUGUAAUUAUUUCUACCAGUGCGGUGGAUUUUGUAUUUCAUUUUGUACAAAAAACCAUUCCAUAAAUCUUUUUAAUGUUUAAAUAAUUAUAAUUUAUGUAAAAUUUAGUGUGCAUUAAAAUAAGACACCAAUAUGAAGAAAAAAAAUUAGUACUAAUGAAUGUAAAUAUAUUUAUACUAUAUUGAGAUAUUUAUAAAAUUUAAUAUGAUCUUGUUCUUCUAAAUUUAAUGUGAAAUUGUUUCGGUAUUUCGUAUUGUUUGCUGUGUCGACUGAUGGUAUCCUAGAGGUUGUCUUUAUGUCAGACAUUUCUUGACAAAAUAAACACUUCAUACUAAGUAGAUAUUAAGCACCUCCUGUUUCAAAUAUCCUCACUCUUAUAAACUUCCUUAUGCUCAAUCUUAAUUAUAAUAUUUCAUAAGUUUGAUGUAAAAAAUCUAAAUGACUAAAUAAUACUAUCAUGUUUGACGCAAAACUACUCUUGUCUUGAGCUACUUGUCUUUUACAAUGACAUUUGAUUUGGUUACAAAAUAACAAGAAAUCUUCAUGAUAAACGGAAGAAUGUAAAAUAUUUUAUUGCAUUAACAGUAUUUUUCAUCUCACAACAAUUGCACAUUUAGGUAAUGAAUUAAAUUUUAUUAAUCGAUGGUGGUCCCUGCUAUGAAACUACAAAAAUAUCUCAAAAGAUUGUUGAAUUUUAAAUAAAAUAAUUGCAUUAAACUAGCAGACUCUGGGGGCAGAGCGUUGUCCUACUCCCAACCUUAAAAAAACUUAGCACAGUAGAAGACAAAAUACUACCAUAUGUUCUGUAUUGAAGAAGUACUAAUCUGAGAAGGUACUAAUUCCAACGGCAACGUGACCGAAAACAGAGUAGGGAUAGGUAGACAUUAGUUGUCUCUGGAUUGAUAAUUAUGUUUUUUGUGCAGUCGUAGCAUCAUACACAGCUAUGACUAUUUGAAUGAAUGUUAACGUUUUAAAUUUCUUUUUACCCUUUACAUUAGCACAUUUAUACUUUAUUCAAACUUUUCAAGAGCACUCAUUACCUACAAGUAAAUCUCUUUUAAUUAUUCCUGCUCUUAGUCCAACAUUUUAGGGGGCUCAACCAGGGAAUGUCCCUAUAUAAUAUAUUAUUAUAUGAAGAAUAGUUUUACAUUGCAAUAUUUCAAUCUGUUUAUAAAGUAAAAUUAAUACUACGACUAUUUAGACAGUAUUAUUUUAUUCACGAAAACAAACUGUGACAGUUAAAUUCGACUAGUAGAAUUUACCUAGUCAAAAUUAAAUGCGAGCUCCAAAAAUAUGGUAUGGGAAUUUAGUAUUGCUAUUCACUCAGUAAACCUUUUAAUUUUAUUUCAUAAAACAUUAUCAUUAAUUAAUCGCAGUUACCCAACUAACAACAAAAGAGACUCACAAAAAUAUUAUUCGAUCUCUCAUUUCAAAUAAAUGCCGAAAUUGUAAAUCAAAGUAAACUUGACAUAUCGUGGUUGUCAAGCAGCUUCUGCUAUGUGCAAAUACCUAAAUAGUACCUAUACUUUAAGAUUUUGAUUGUGUGUGAAAUAUAUGAAACAGAUUUUAAUAAUCUAUUGCUUAGUCAUAUAGAAGUCUAUACGAAAAUGUUAUUAGUAAACUAGUCGUAAAAGUCAAAUUUUCAAAAUCUCUAAAAAGUGCACAGCAGAUAUUGUUUUGACAACAACCUUAUUUCGAAUUAAAGGAUUGUGUAGGUUUCAAUAUUUUUUCCUAACGUCAUAAAAUGAGAAUACUUUAAUAAAUCGUGUGCACUUACUAAUAAGAUAAAGGUAUUGUGUAGAUACUUUACCGUAUUGGAUGGAGACGUCUUUCACUCUUAUGGUUUCUUAAAUCUUUAUACUUUUCAUAUAAUUUAAAAUGUAUAUAAGAUUCAAAGACUAAGCAAUAUUGGCAUUAUGCCUGGUGAAUGCCUAAACGAUGUAUACAAGGGAUAUGAAUACAUAUGAUGAAAAUGUGAUUAGAGUUAUUCAAUACGAUGUAAUAGAGAAAAAUAAAUAAUGUCUGUUCUUUAUUGUAGUUAUUACCUUCAUACAAACUCGAUAAUAUAACAUACCUCAAAUUGAA